UCGAAGUUGCUGGCAUACCUAUUCAUUUCUAUCAACGACCAUGGUCAAUAGCUUAUAUCAUUCAACAAUCAUCGAACUCAAACACUCGAGUCAUUGCCGGCGGUUAACACCUUCGACGCGCUUGCCGUUUCAACGCUCCGUGUUUGGUAUUGAUCUGUUUCUUUACUUCAUUCGCCGUCCGUACGCUCGUUUGGUUCUUUCGAUUGCCGGACAUUCGGUAUAACUUACUUCCCAGCUCUCACCCACUUUACGGACGUUGACGACUCCCGAGAGCAGCUGUACGCACAACGAGAACGUCCGCCGACGGCCAUGGCUUUCAAUUUCCCGGCGUGCACCUACAUCGUGGCCAUGAUAACCGACGCUUUUCUGUUGUUUUUCUCUGUGUUUCACGUGAUUGCGUUUGAUGAACUGAAAAAUGACAGCAAGAAUCCUAUAGAUCAAUGCAACAGCUUAAAUCCAUUAGUGAUUCCAGAAUAUAUUUUACAUUUCUUCUCCAAUUUGCUGUUUUUGUUUGGAGGCCAGUGGUUAUCCAUUGCUAUAAAUGUUCCAUUAAUGGCUUAUCAUAUUUCAAAGUAUCGAAAUAGACCAGCUAUGUCUGGCUUUGGUCUCUAUGAUCCAACAAGUAUUAUGAAUGCCGAUAAACUAAAUAAAUAUCAACGUGAAGGUUGGAUAAAAUUGGCAUUUUAUUUGUUCUCAUUUUUUUACUACUUAUAUGGAAUGAUAAGAGCAUUAAUCACAGUUUAAAUCUAAGAUGCUCGGAAGUCUGAACAUUCAUCUUGUACAACUAUAAUAGAUUAAAAGUUAAAUAUAACUAUGGGCAGGUGGAACAAUAAUCACCAGAUUGAAUAGCCCCAACAUUUUUAAUUAUUUCAGUAAGAAUAAUCUUCAACUUUUUAUAUGUUUACAAAAGAAAUAAUUAUACCAAUAUUAUGCAUGGAUAAUAUAAUAAAUAUGCACUAUUUAUUAAAUUGGUUAUCAAUUAAAAAAAUUUUGUAUCUCAACAUUUUUUUCUAUAAAAUUUUUUAACUAAUGAAUUCGUAAAUCUUUUCAAUGUGUUAAAUAUAUAUUUUUUUUUAAAUUUUGGGUAAAAAAGUGAAGUUGAUAGUUAAAAAUUAUAUUAAAAUUACAAAAUAGUUUCUAAUGUUUUGUACUCAAACUUGUAUUUUUAAACUUUACAACCCAAUUAAAUUAAAUUUACUCAAAAUUGAAAAAUUGUAUUUGCAGGUAAAUAUGUAUGUUUCUGGCAAUCUGGAAUAUUGGAACUGUGCAUAAAAUAAUUAACAAUUAAGUUAACUGUGUUAAAAAAAUUAUAAAUGAUACUUUUAUUUAA